CCACCCAAGUUCCAGCCUCUGCCACUCCUCCAAGGUCACCAAUCUCGUCGUCGUCAUCCAAAAAAAGGACGCUGUGGACCCAACUUGCUCUAGACGAGAGAAUAAACAAUCGCCAGCCGUGCUACGAUGAUGCUUCGGCAGCGGGACAGAGAGCUUCCACGUCGCUCAUGGCCUGAGGCAGGCCCCUUCGUGUGGUUAAUCAGUAGUCCUGAUGCGCCACGCGAGGGCUAAUGUACUAGCACGUACUUGAUGAACUAGAAGGAGUACGAGCGAGCUAUCAUACGAACCCAUAUCUCGGGCAAUGAAGCUAGGACGACCUGAAAAUGUGGAUUUGCUCACAUCCAAAAUACAGUUCAGAUCGAGUUCGCCUGCAACCGGUUACGCAUCAAGGGAAACCGAUACGAGACGACAGCGCGAUGCACCAUGUGGCGCCGCUCGACACGGACAUUCCGGUGGCCGAAAGCUCGUGGACGCUUGUGCGGGAGGUGGUCGGCCUCGCCUACAUGCUCACGUCGGUGCUCCUGGGGUUCGACUCGCUCGCGCAGUUCUUCCCCUACAUGGACAACGACUACGUCUGGCCCCAUUUUAGUGACGCGCAGUACAGGACGCUCUUGACCGACAUCAUCAACGUACAGCUCACGUCGUCGACGCCAUUAACAACGGUGGACCUGCUGAGCCCGUCCUUUGGGCUCGUGGCGAACGAGAAAGUUGGCGUCAGCUACGCAUACCCGCGCAUGCUCAUGUACCACGACCUCACGACGCUCGAGGCCGCAGUCAUCGGGCUUCGGCGCCUCGACGUUGAAGAAGUGGUGUACAUGGUUGCGCAGUACUGCUGGGUCGACCUCGAGAAGCGCUGGGCCUUGUCGCACACUCUACGACGCCAGCAGCGAUGCGUCGCCCGCGACAUGGCCAACGCGGCCGUCUAUCUGGAGCCCAUCCUUCGCAACAUUGAGUAUAAAGCAUGGGUGCUCUCGACGCAAGGUCUCUUUAUGGCGCGCAUCGGAGACGGCGUCGCAGAGCUCGAUGGCGGCGAUGCGUGGCUCCAGUACGUGGCCGACCACGUGCCCGCGCCUCUCGACGACGAAGUCGCUUUCUGGGUCUCGCAUGGCCUCUCGCGCUUUGCGCUUCAGUACGCCAACCAGUACCAGAUCGGACUCGAAGAGUCGAUUACGAUCGAGAACGCACUCGGGCUGCGCUACGCCUUUCGCGUGAAAACCGUGCCCUGGGCAAACCGGGGCACGCACUGGACAAGCGACUACCUCUACGCGGGUCUUCGCAACGACUUUAAUGCGCUCUCGCUCAACCAAAGCCUCGUCCGGAACGCCAGCACCUUCUUUGGCGCCACGUAUCCCGACUGGAUGGAGUACUACAACGUCGGGUACCCUCUGAGUGCGGUCCACGGGGCCAUCCACGACGUCAUUGGUCCCCUCGCCUCGAUCGACCUGCGCUGGAUUCAGCCGCCUGACGAGAUCAUUGCGGCCGUGCGCCACUUUCGCUCGACCCUUCUCUCGGCCAAUGCGACCGUCCACGCCGCGCUACGAGCGGUGCCCGAGAUUGUUCUGCACCCGACGCCACUGGAAUGGCGCGCGGCGAAUCUGUCGUUUUACGGCGGAAGCCCCUUGUGCGGCUUCAAGUCGGACUUGCCGUUCGUGCAGGCGUCCUUUGGUUUCGACGAUGCGUGCGAGCUUCCGCGACAGCUCGGUUUUGAGUGGCACAGCGCCAACAGUGUCUUUGCCGCCAUCGCCCUCGGUGACGACCCGGUCUCGCCAGCUCUGUGCGAGCUCUGCGACGACAGCGCCCAAUGCGAGGCCGCGCUUUCGCGCACUAUGCACUGCGCUUCGAUGCUACCGCGUCGCCAAGAACCGCUAUUGGCAUCGCUGCGAGCGAUCGAUCUAUCACUGCUUCAGUUUGUACGCAACGGGUCGGGCGACGUGACGCUUCAAGUCCAGAGCUUCUCGUCGCCAGAGUGGAGCUUUUUAGGGCUCUUGGGCGUCUACGACUGGGUCCUCGGCAACCGCGAAGUCGUCUCGUUCGAAGGCGACAACGCCGCGUACACUCUUCUUUCGUACGCGACGACGCCACUUCGUCCGCCGGUCAACUCUGUGGGCUCCAGCGGCGUCAUUCACAUUUGGAUGUGCGCCGGCCUUGUCUCGCUCGGCCUCGCGUUUGUCGCGGUGCUCGGACUCGUCUUUUGGCUCGCCUUUCGCCCAUUGCGCUGCCAUUGGUUUGUGUUUUCUCGGCUCACGAGCGCCGCUUGGCUAAGUCGCGCCCUCAUUCUAUUGCGAGGCGUCGCCGGCGUCCUCUGCCUCGCGACGACGCCCGUCGCUCCUGCACCCAGCGGCUUGGCCUUUACAGCGACACCUCGAUCGCUGUACCUCUCGAGCCUCUUUGCCAGCGAAGCUGUCUGGAUAACCUACGUGCUGCACGAAACGCUGCAUCCCUUCUCGGGCAUCUACACGCGCUUGUAUGCUCCACUCAGUUCUUUUGUUGCGUGGCUCGCCCUUCUGGUCCUCGAUGCGGUGAGCCCCGUUGCGAUCACUGCAGGUCUCGACCGACAGUGCUACUCGAUCAACAUGGACUACAACGUCUACUGCACGAGCGGCAGCAUCCAAAUUGGCAGUCGCGCCAGGACGCUGACGAAUUUCGCGAUCCUCGUCGCGUCCGUGGUAGGUGGGCUAACCCUCGUUAAUGUGCGGAAGCGCAGCAGCAUCGAGCUCGACGACGUGCCGAGCUUCCUUCUCUCCUCAGCGUCGGUGGCUUUUCUCGCCCACCACAGCCACGGCCGCGUGACCGAGUCCUUCGAUGUGGUCACCGCUGCCAUGAUGGGCCUCGUACGCUUCUCCAACUGCUACUUUGACACCAAGCUAUGGCGCAUCGUGGACCGUGAGCUGCUGCCGUCUGCAAGUCGACACAAGCGACACCGUCUUGUCUUGCCGCUCGCGUUGACGCCGCUUUCGCCGCGUUUACGACCCGCCACUGCGCCCGAAUCCUGCCUUCAGCGUCUCAAGCGCCGGUACCGCAAAUCGAUUGUCGUCCUUGGCAUUCUCUACGCGAGUCUGAGCCUCGCGAGCAACGUCGCGUAUCUCACGGUCGCGCAGGCCUUUUUAACCAACGACUUUGGCUGGGCGGGCUUCAACAGCUCGGGAAUGCACGCUUUCUUGGCCAAUACGUUCAACCACGCGCUCGUGCUCUCAUCGGAGCCAGCGAUGUUCAAUGUGACGACGCCGGCCAUCGCCGAUAUUGCCCAGCGCUACAACGGGUCGUCGUCGCCGUCGAUCGUCUGGAGCUACACGGCCGCGCGUCGGGCGCUCGCGAGCCCGACAACACCGCUGGAUCAAAUCAUCGCGGGGCUUCGCGCCAUGAACCCGUGCAUGCUGCCAUGGAUGUAUACGCAGUACUGCUGGCUCGAUUGGCAGCGCAAUUGGGAAAUGGCCAGCUCCCGCGCACGCCAAGUGCGCUGCGAACUGCAAAUAACCAACGGUGCCAUGUACCUCGAGAGCGCACUGCGCAACCUGCGAGACUGGGACGCGUGGGACGCUUGUUGGGGCACGUCCUUUGACAUUGGCUUUGCGCGGCACUUGAAACAGUCAGCAAACGGUCAACAUUGGCUCGAGACCAUCCGCGUCAACACGACCAUACACGAUGAAGUCGCUGCGUGGAAGCACGCCAACCUCGUCGGAUUUUCGCUGCAGUGGCAAAACUACAAGACGAUGGGCUUCUCAGACGCCUUUACCAUCACGUCGGCACUUGGGUACACAGCUCCACUCUCGCUCGCGUCGUCGGAUGGGAGCUACCACCUCCAAGAGCAAACCACCCACCGCAUGUACUGGACUGUCGCGAGCGAUUUAUGGGCGAUUGCGACCAACUCGACAGUCCUGGGCGGCCGCAGUCUGCUUCGCGCGAGCCCCAACUUUGCCUUUGCCAACGUGACGGCCGAGACCGCGCUGCUCCAAAACCUCACGCUCCUCUCGCCGCUCAACGCCGGUCUUGUUGCAGUCCAGUCGAGUCUUGGACCGUUUGGCAACAUCGACACGCAGUACGUGCUACCGCCAACGUCUCUCAUAGCGCUCUAUCGCGGGUUUAGCGCCGCGCUUGCGACACUGCUCGUGCAAAAUGAUUCUGCACAAGCGGCGUACACGUCGCUGCCGCCGUGGGCGACGCUCUACCCCGUGCCGUCCAGCUUGAUGCGCAAUGGUCUUAGCAUCGUUAUUAUUGGCGCCAACGUCAUGUGCGGCACGGACGUGCCCGCGUACGCGCCCAUCUAUGGUCUCUUUCGCUUCUACGGCGCGGCCAGCGCGUGCCAUGCCAACUUUAUAGAGGCAAUGCAGCCAACACUGCCGCAAUUGCUAUUUGGGUUUCUUGCCUUUGAUGCGACGCUGCAACUCGACGUCGUUGACGACUUGACGGCCAUUUGCGCGCUCGAUGGUUACGGUGGCUCGGGCUGCAACACGACGUAUCGGACGCUCUUUGAUUUUUUAGAGUGCCACGUCACGGCGUUUCAAACGCUGUCGAAUCUGGCGGUCGCGACGCGCGCCGACGUGGCGGCCAUGGACGUCAACGUGAUGCAGUUCGUCGCAGGCGACGGUAUCGCCGACGCUUCUGUCGGCAUCUUUCGCAUGCAACUUCUCGAGCCCGACGACCGACAUUGGGCGUUCUACGGCUGGUGCUUUCUCUACGAGUGGGCACUCGGCUUGCGCGAGGUCGUUGCGUUUGCAGGCGAUCGAGGCAACUUUUCGCUUCUUUCGUCGCACGUCGACGCGCAACACAUGCGGCCAAACCCGUCCGAAGUGCCCGUGAGCUUCUCGCUGCUCUGCAAAGCGUUCAACUUUUACGUCUCGUGGGUGCUCAUCUGCGUCGCAUCGCUCGUUGCUGUCUCGGCGCUUGUCCGCGGCGGCGCCGUCGAAGGCGUCAACUUCUUUUGCCUCAAUCGGGUUGUUGGCCACGUCUGGGCUGGCCGCACGUUUCUGAUCGUGCGCAGUGUCUCGGCUAUCUGGCUCCUCACGACAAGCCCCUUGUACUUGGCGUCGACCGGCAUCGCUACGACGAUGGUCGCACCGUCGCUCUUCUGGUACGACAAUAUACUCGCGGCAUCAGAAGUCUCGUGGCUCGUCUACGUCCUCAACGACGUGUUUACGGUCGUGUCGCGCCAGCACACCGCACUCUACGCGAGCAAAUCGUCGCUCCUCACGUCGCUGCUUGUCUCGCUCUGGACGUUUCUCUCGCCCCAGCGCUGCGAGGUGAACAUUGCGCGCCACUGCGUGCAUGUGGAUAUGGACUUUGCGCUCGAUUGCAGUAGCGUCAACGUUCACGUGGGCAGUCUUCGUCGGCUCGGUGGCGUCUUGGGCUUGGCUGUCGGCAGCAUUCUCGGCUGCUUCCUCUUUGGUCGGUACGUCUAUGCGCCAAACGAACCGCCCAUCGCUGUGCGCUCGUGGCUCUUGAGCGCACAGAGCUACUACUUGCUUGAUUUCACCAACUGGGUCUUCCUCGACGAGUACUACCUCGAUACGACGUCGGCGAUGAUGGCCGGCAUCCUAUCGUUUGUGUACAACGGCCGACGGUAUGUGUUUGACAUCAAGAUGUGGCGGCUCGUAUCGCUGCCGCAUAACCCCAUCUCGCUCUGGGAGACUGACGCGCGCCGCUUCCGGCACGCCAUCCCGCUUUCCCGUAUUUAGCGGACGUCACCGAUUAUGUCGGGACAAUCGGCCCGAAAUCGCAGCAAAAUGAACCGAAUUGCGUCACAUACCCAUCGAGUUGCGUUGUUUUACAGUGCAC